AUGACCAAGCACGCUCUCGGAUUCGAUGAAGAUCUCCCCUCAGACGUUUAUGAGUUCAACGAAAUGCGCAAGCGUGCUCGUUACUCCAAGACUGGCAUUGCAUCCUUGCUCAAGCCUCCACCGGUGUCUCAACAUUUGCCAGGCUUUGAUAACGAUGGCAAGCCAACCUUCCGCCCCUAUGUGGGUUCAGGCAAGCUUGAUGGCAAGUAUGUCAUUAUCACUGGUGCCGAUAGUGGUAUUGGUCGUGCCAUCGCCACCCUUUUUGCAUUGGAAGGUGCUCUUGGUAUCACCAUUGUGUAUCGUGAUGAACGUGAAGACGCUGACGCCAAGUACACCAAGGAUACCAUUGAGGCGCAGUCGAAAUGCAAAAUCAAUUUGAUUGCCCGUGACAUUGGUUAUGAAAAGAACUGUCAAGAGAUCAUCGACUCGCACUUGGAAAAGUUUGGUCAAAUUACUCAUAUCGUCAACAACGCUGCUGAACAAACCAAGAACCUCGAAUUCGAAACCAUUGAUACCUCCAUUGUGGAGCGUACUUUCCGUACAAAUGUGUUUGGUCCCAUGUUCCUUACCAAGCUUGCACUUAAGCACAUGAAGGCGGGUGGUGUGAUUGCUAACACUGCCUCUGUUGCUGCUUAUCGUGGUAUGGAUAACCUUGUGGAUUAUUCUUCCACCAAGGGUGCCAUUGUGUCCUUCACUCGUGCCUUGUCACAGCAGCUGGCCCCACGUCGCAUUCGUGUUAACGCCGUUGCCCCUGGUCCUGUUUGGACACCACUCAUCCCCAACACCUUUACAGAGGAAGAAAUUCAUAACUUUGGCUCGUUCCCUCCAUUCAAGCGUCCUGCUCAACCAGCCGAAAUUGCAGCUUGCUUUGUCUUUAUUUGCUCGGACAUGUCCUCCUUCAUGACUGGUCAAGUUGUUCACCCCAACGGUGGCACCGUCAUCAACACCUAA